AUGGGAAGGAUUGCAAAGUUUCUUGGGAAUCCAGGUGCUAGACCUGAUGUUCACCACCGAGCACCCCUGAUUGAUUGUAACCAAUUUGAGGAAUUUGGUGAUUCGAAGGACGAUAAGAACAAUGACAUGGUCAAAGUUAUUAGCAAUAGUGAUGAGAGUACAGAUGACGAACUAUGUAAUGUAGAUCUAUCCGCAAGUGGUGCGAUCUACACUAGUAAAGGUUUCACCGGGCUAAGUAAAGGUUUCACAGAUAAAUCCCUGGACUUUUUAGUGCGAGUGGGUGGUUCACAAGUUGUAUUUUUCAUAGUCUGGGUUAUCGUUAUCAUUUGGAUAGUAAUUGGUAUUGUUUACAACGCGCCUUUCAAUUGGCAAGUCGUUAUGCAGGACGGUCAGUCUAUUCAAAGUUACGUCUGGGAUACCUUAUUAAUGAGACAACAGCUAAUGAGUACACACGAGCAAAUAUUGGUUUGUGGUAGAUUGAGGUCAAGAUUAGGUUCCUUCAAGAACUAUUUAACUAGAAGUUCUCCAAAAGAAGGAAAGAAAGAAGAUUGCACAGUUGAGACCAAUGAGAUUAACUCUGUUGGAGAGCACAUAGACCCAGCUGUAGUUAGUGGAGAAUUGCCGGUGGAAAAUUGGUAUGAUCGUCUAUCUAAUCUAGCAAGUGAGUGUAUGGGUUCGAUCACGGCAAUGGUGAUCUUUUGGAUAGGUAUUUUCGUUUGGAUUGGUUGCGGUGCAAUUCCAAAGAACGCCGGUAACACUCCACCUUACACAGGUGAAACUUCUGGUAGUAAUCCAAGGUUGAAAAAAUUCAGUGAUGAUUGGCAAAUGUAUAUUAACACCGCUGUGGCAGUCUCCAUUUUAAUCUGUAGUACUUUCUUACAGAAUUUGAGGGCCAGACAUGAUGACUUCAUUGGCAGAUUUUUGAUUCGUAUCUUUGACAUGGAUGAAAAAAUUGACUAUCAUAUAAGAAAGCACUUUAAUGACUUUAAUACACCUCAUCCAAUUGUAACAGUCAAGUCCCAUAAGAGAUCAACUGCAAGAAAGAUGAUUGAUUGGUAUGCUGAUAUUAUUGGCACUGGUGUUGGUGUUGCCAUUGGUGUAGGUGUUUUUGCCGCCUGGAUUGGUAUUGGUGCGCCAUUGAAGUGGAACGAUAAUUGGUGGUUGAUUAUUGGUACAUACACAGGUUUAGUUGGGUUUUUAGACGGGUUCGUUUUAAGAGAAGUCUAUUUUAGAAUUGUUUCACACGAGGAGGAAAACUACUCUGAAGUGGCGAGGGAAGAUCUUGAAUUGUUUGAAGAAUUGGGACUCGAGUGUCCGGAAGAGUUUACUGGUAAGGCUCCUGAGAGGAACUCCCUUAGCUACAGAAUUUCUCAAUAUAUUAAUAAGAUCUGUUCAAACCAAUGGAGUGUGCUUGUAUCUGUCUUGAUUAUCAUCGGUUUGAUUUGCGUUGCGUCUGGUCUUCGCUGGAGUACCACCGGUCAAUUAAUUGCUAACACGCCAACUAUGAUUAUUGAAGAAUUCUUCUUGCUUGUCCUAUUACAAGCACAUAACUGGGCAGACCGUCAAAGAAGAGUGGAGGUAUCUGCUUUGUUCGCACGUAGACGUAUUCUUCUAGCAUACGUGCAGAAACGUUUUCCAUCGGUUUGGCCUUAA